GGGAAGAUGGCUGUAACAGCGGCUUGGAUGCAUGGCUCCUCCAAUAUGCGGCUAACCGAGGGUCUGGUGUCUGUUCUGAAGGAGCAGCGGCCCGAAUAUUUACCUGCACUUUUAGCGAAUUACCGGGAGCACGGCGUGUUAUCGACACAGAGUACUGGAGCUGUGGGUGGUCUCGUGGGACUCAGCAACGCCAAACUCGGCAACAGCAAAACCAAGUUCGAGGGGCUGUGUCUUCUCUCAGUGCUGGUCAAAGACAGUUCUAGUGAUGUGUUCCAACAACACUGUCUCUCAUGGCUACGGUCCCUACAGCAGGUCAUACAGUCCCAGGACCCCCUCCCGUCCGUCCAGCUAGCGGUGGGUGUCCUCCAGGACCUGCUCCAGUAUUCAUCCCAGCUACCUGAGCUGGCCAGGGAGGUGGGCCUCAACUCUGUCCUGGGGAUCCUCACCUCCCUGCUAGGCCUCAAGUCUGAGUGUCACCUAGCUGCCAUGGAGGGGAUGACUGCAUGUAUGACCUUCUAUCCCCGAGCCUGUGGCUCCCUGAGGGACAAACUGGGUGCCUAUUUCUUAUCCAAAAUGGACAGUGUCAACCCAAAAGUACAAGAGGUAGCAUGUGAGUGUUAUGGUCGUCUGACCUGUUUGGGCGGAGUGGUGGAGAGAGGGGGAGGCGGGCGCAGAGCCGAGGGAUGGACCAAUCAGCUUCACUGCCUGUUGGCCUCGGCCAAUGGCAUACUGGCACAACUCUACCAGGGCUCUGAAUCAGAAGGGACAGUGCAGUAUGAAGGGCCAGGUGUAGAGCUGCCCUACCAUCCUCUGGAUGACUCAGACCCCCUCCUCCUGCUGCAGUUACAACACAGAUACAGAGCUGCCUGCCUGGCUCUCAAACACACACUCAGUGUGGACCCGGCCUCUGCAGUGCGUCUACCUGUACAGCAGGUGCUCAACCUGGUCUGUCGCGCCCUGGCGGUCAGCUCCAAGAGCAUAAAUGUAACAGGUGAUGGGUGUGUGAGGCUGCUGGUGUUGCCUGCCGUACACAAAGACACUCUACAGGUGCUGCACGCUCUCAUCACAGCUUUAGGCAGUGGGUUGGUGCAGUACUCCGGUGUGCUCCAGAGACUGUUCUCUCAGACCCUGUCUGCCUGGACCCCUCUACCUGAAACCAGCCUGGGACAACAGAGAGCAUUCAGUGCAGUGCGUGUGUCCUUGUACCGUACCUUAGAACUCUGGGUAAGAGUGGGAGGAGCCUCAGCCAGUGUCUUGCAAGGAAGCCCCACCCACUCCGAGCUCCUAUUGGCCCACCUGCUGGGUGACAUCACACCAGGGGCGGACUCUGUUAGGCCCUCUAGCUCUCCUCAGCUACGUGAUCUGGUUUCCAGCAAGCCCUGCCCUAAAAGCCGGAAGCCCGGAUUGGCUGUGAGCGACGGGGGCGGAGCCUCUUUCCAGAGGAAAGGAGACUCGCUGGCCAAUCAGGACACCUGCCUGUCUGCACUCAGAGCAUUGAGACAAGUCAUACUGACCAGUGGAUCUCUACUGAAGGAAGAUAUACACAAGCGUCUCCACGAUGUCGUCCUCCCCCUGUGUGUGUGUCUGCAGCAACAGCAUGGCGCUAACUGGAAUGACAGCGGGGCUGGGGGGGUGAGUGGCCAGUAUGGCAGUGCCCCCCCCCGUAGGGAGCUGUACCGUCUGCUACUGGCUCUGGUCCUAGUGCCCGCACCGCGAUGGCCCCCACCCCUCACCUGUACUGUGUCCAUACUCAGCCACGGGAGGAGGGAUAGGAGUCUGAAGGUAUCCUCCUUCUGUACAGAGGCCCUGACCAUAUGCAACUCCCUCCUCCAUCCGCGCACCCCCUCCCUCUCUUUCCCCCUCACCCUCAAACCCACCCCCUCCCAGGCAUCCAACCUCACCCUCCCCACCCUCCUAGGGGGGCCCACCCCCGGACCUCCCUUCCCCAGCUCCCUGGACAACCACCUACCUCUGGUUCUUCCAGGGCUCUCCGGCGGCCAGAGACCCGUUUUCAUCCGUUACAACAAAGAAGAGGCAGAGGAUGUGGAGAUUUCGCUAGAGAGCGAUUCGGACGAUAGCGUGGUCAUCGUGCCACAGAGGAUGCUGAUGUUAGAAAGCCAAGAUGGCACCAGCGCUGCGGCCACUCUUCCCGGGUCUUCCUUAGCACCAGGUGGCGUCACACUCCCCGUGCCCUGUCCAGGGGGCGACCCGGGUGGGGACAUCUCCCUCCCCCUUUCCAACGACCUUCCCUCUACCUCCCUCCCUCACCCUCUCCUCCCCUCCUCCACCCCAAACUCCACCAUCAACUCGUUCCCUCCAGCUCCGCUAGUCUCUCUGGUUCCCCCUCUCAACUCCACCGGUGUGGCCCAACUCGGGGCUGACUCCCUGCCUGGAGCCCAGCUCCAGCAGAUGUUGCUCCAGGGCCAGCCUCCAGCACCAGAUCUCCCCAUACAGGUUCACCAGAACCAGUUAGUCCAGUCCAGCAGAGCCCUACAGCAGCAACAGCAAUCCACUGACGAAGAUCACACUGUCAUUAAUAUCAACAGCUCUGAUGAAGAAGAGGAGGAUGAGCUGGAAGAGGAAGAGGAGGAAGAGAGCGAUUUCCCAGAUGAGGAAGAAUAUGAUGAUGAAGAGCUUGAUGAUUAUGAGGCGGAAGAGGGGGAGGAGAUGGAGGAUGAAGAAGAGGGAGAGAUUCGGCUGUUGGACGGAGAAGGGAGGAGAGGAGGGAUGGAAGGAGAGGUGCUCAGAGGGUUGGCGGAGGAGGGAGGGAUAGGAGGAUUCCGAGUGGAGAACGAGGGGGAAGGAAGGAUAAAGGCUCAGGAGGUGGAGAGCGAGGGGGAAGGAGGGAUAAAGGCUCAGGAGGUGGAGAGCGAGGGGGAAGGAGGGAUAAAGGCUCAGGAGGUGGAGAGUGAGGGGGAAGGAGGGAUAAAGGCUCAGGAGGUAGAGAGCAUCGGAGUGAUGGAGGAAGAGAGAGAGGGAGAGGAGGAUGCCAAUGAAGGAAUGAAUGACCCGACCAUGCCUCAGAUCCUGUGUGUGACGGGCGGAGCUCUGAGAGAGAGGGAGGAGCUAGAUGAGGAAGGGGCCGAGCAUGGGCAGAAAGUGAGGUCAUGGGAGCAGAAGGGAAGCAAUCGGCCGGAGGGAACGUCCUCUUUUGAAGACGGUCCUGCUGCUCAACAACAACAGGAGGCGGAGCCUGCACCGGAAGUGAGGGUGGACGGUGACGAUCAGCCAUCCAAUCAGGAGGGAGAAAUAUCCAAACAGGGCGGCGACAAUACCGGACAGGAUAUGAGGUCAUCAACAGCUCCGAGGGAGACCAAGGGAGAGGGGCCUGAACGAGAGAAAGAAGGAAAAGAGGGAGAGGAUGGGAGAGGGAUGAAGAGGAAGAGAGAGGGAGAGGAGGAAGGAACAGGACAGAGAACAGAGAAGAAAAAGUUGGAUGAAGAAGCGAUGGCGUCCAUGUUAGCCGACUUCGUAGCCUGCCCUCCGGACAAUGUAGAAAAUGUGCCCUCUGCAUCCAACCGCCCAUCCUAAACAAGGCCAGACACGGCUCCAUCACAAUACCAUCAGAACAACUCGAUUUCUAGUCCCUUCCAUAGUCUCACACAUUCUUUCAUUAAACACAUUGAGGCUUGGUUUAGACAGGCACCCCAAUUCUGAUCUUUUUUCCCCACUAAUUUGUCUUUGUUUUAUUUUUAUAUAUUUUUUACACCCAUUUUUCUCCCUAAUUUCACGGUAUCCAAUUGG